AUGGCCACUACCACCGCUCCCGUCCGAUACGAGGAUUCGGAAGUGCAGAAAGCACAUACAGACCUCUACCAAGACUCAUCCAAACGGCCACUGUAUCCCGUGCUGCCACCUGGUUUGAGCCAGAGCGAGUUCGACGAAGCAAUCAAUGAACUUGUAAGUGUGUUGGGCAACAAAAAUGUCUUCGCCGGAGAAGCCUUGCAAGACUACAUCGACCCGUACGAAAUCGACGAGCCAGGCGUUGAGCGGAAGAUUCCCGGUGCAGCGGUAACGCCUCCAACCACGGAAGCUCUUCAAGACAUCCUGCGAGUCGCUAACAAGCAUGGCAUACCACUAUGGACCUUCUCACGAGGGAAGAAUAUCGGCUACGGCGGUCCUGCUCCGGCGCUGCCGGGGUCUAUUGCCCUGGACCUCCAUCGUAUGGAUAAGGUGAUUGAGGUGAAUGAGAAGUUCGCGUAUGCAGUUGUGGAGCCUGGUGUGACCUUCACCGACCUGUACAACUACUGCGUCGACAAAGGGCUGAAGGUCUGGCCCAGCGUACCGUCCUUGGGGUGGGGGAGUGUGAUUGGCAAUACGCUCGACAGAGGUGCUGGAUUUACACCCACAGCCUCUCAUUAUGAGCAUAUAGCAGGCCUCGAAGUCGUCCUCGCCAAUGGUGACACCGUCCGCACCGGCCAGUGGGCGCAAUCGAACUCCCCAUCCGCUCAUCUAUCAAAAUUCAGCUUCGGUCCGUCGGUCGAAGGCCUCUUCCUCCAAAGCAACAUGGGCGUUGUAACGAAGAUGGGCAUCUGGCUCACUCCACAGCCACAGGCGUACAUGUCUUGCUCCUUCGACAUGCCCAACGCCGAAGACGUGGGCGCCAUCUGCGACGUCUUCGGCGAUAUGCGGCGGAGCGGGAUCUUACCGAACAUCGCCUACGUCUUCAACAUCAUCGAGUGGUCCGCUAUCGUCGGCAAGCGCUGCGAGCUGUACGAUAAAGAAGGGCCGAUGCCAGAAUCCAGGAUUAAGGAACUGCAAGAGCAGAUUGGGGUAGGCCACUGGUCGGUCAAAUUCAGUCUGUACGGACCCAGAGCGAUCUGCCAGGCCCAGUACGACGAAGUCCAAAAGAUCGUGGCCGCUCAAGCUCCAACAGGGCGUCUCAAAGGCACAAUGUUCUCGGGCGAAGGCGACCGCCUGCUCGACCCCUCGAGUGUCCAAAUGCCCCACGGCGGCAUGUUCGUAGGCGUGCCGAGCCUGUGGAGCUUACCACUCACCAAGUACAUGCUCCCCAAAGACGAGUCGGGGGCGGGGGCCCAUGGUGCCUACUCUGCCAUCAUCCCGCUCGACGGUAAGGUCAUGAACGAGUGGUACGACUGCGUACGGGAGGUGUAUGCAGCGGAAGGGCUGGACGCGAUGACGGAUUUUUUCAUGCAUCAUAGGCAUGCGGUCAUGGUGUGUAUGCUGUGCUUUGACAAGAUGGAUCAAAAGCAGUGCGAGGCUGUGGAGAGGAUUUUUCAUAAGUUGUAUGUGGAAGGGAAGAAGAGGGGUUUCAGCAAGUAUAGAGCGCACGUCAACCAUAUGGGUCGGUUUGGACUGAGCUCGAUGGUGAGAACAGCUACUGAUAGUUGGACAGAUAUGGUUUCGCAGCAGAACGACUGGAACGAUCACGCUUACAUGCGAUUUCUGGAGACGAUCAAGGACUCGCUCGACCCGAACGGCGUCCUUUCUCCCGGCAAGAUGGGCGUCUGGCCGACGAAGUAUCGGCAUAUGAGAGAUUCCAAGCAAAACGGCCACGCUACGAAUGGCACGAACGGCGACGCUUAG